CCGGACCGGGCGAGGAGCCGGCUGCCCCUUCCUCGCGGUACCUAGCGCGGGCGGCGGCUCGGGGGCCCGCGUCCCCAGGACCGCGGCACAAACUUUCUGGACUGUCCAGGGACAUUUGUCCGGCGAGUCCCCCACCGCGCGGGGAGGAGGAGCCGCGGCCGCUGACAGAUUUUGGAAGUCUUCUUCUGGGAGUUUCCAGCACUGCCAAGUGUUGGAGGAAUCUUUUCUGUACUUCUGAUAGAGUCAAGUGAGCAAAUACAGCCCAGCAGUAGGCUCUUGAAGAGAGCAGUCACAGGUUUCUGAAGGUGACAAUGAAAUGUGAAGAAGUUACAUUUCUAAUGUGAUACUUGAAAGUUAGUGACUGCUUGCCAAAUUUUCAUGAAGAUUAAAUAUGACUUAGAAGCAUUGAUUUAUGAAGGUUUAUGAUGUCAUCGGUUGCGACAGAAAGCAAACUCCAGCAGGCUGUGAGCCUGCAGGGAGUUGACCCAGAAACAUGCAUGAUUGUGUUUAAAAACCACUGGGCGCAGGUUGUGAAAAUCUUAGAGAAGCAUGACCCCUUGAAGAACACCCAGGCAAAAUAUGGAUCCAUCCCUCCAGAUGAGGCCAGUGCUGUGCAGAAUUAUGUAGAACACAUGCUCUUCUUGCUGAUUGAAGAACAAGCCAAGGAUGCUGCAAUGGGGCCAAUUCUGGAAUUUGUGGUCUGUGAGAACAUCAUGGAGAAACUCUUCCUUUGGAGCUUGAGGCGGGAAUUUACUGACGAGACUAAAAUCGAGCAGCUAAAGAUGUAUGAGAUGUUGGUUACCCAGUCACACCAGCCUCUGCUGCACCACAAGCCCAUUCUGAAGCCCCUGAUGAUGUUGCUGAGCUCUUGUUCUGGAACAACUACCCCCACUGUGGAGGGGAAGCUGGUGGUCCUGCUCAAUCAGCUCUGUUCCAUCCUUGCCAAAGAUCCAUCCAUUCUGGAACUCUUCUUCCACACUAGUGAGGACCAAGGGGCUGCCAACUUCCUCAUCUUUUCCCUUCUGAUUCCCUUCAUUCACCGAGAGGGGGCAGUAGGUCAGCAGGCCCGGGAUGCUUUGCUUUUCAUCAUGUCUCUGUCUGCUGAGAACAGCAUGGUGGCCCAUCACAUCGUGGAGAACACUUACUUUUGUCCAGUACUUGCAACUGGGCUCAGUGGCCUCUACUCGUCUCUGCCUACAAAGCUAGAAGAGAAAGGUGAGGAAUGGCACUGCCUUCUGAAAGAUGACUGGCUCCUCCUCCCUUCCCUCGUCCAGUUCAUGAACUCGCUGGAGUUUUGCAAUGCUGUCAUACAGGUGGCUCACCCCUUGAUUCGUAACCAGCUUGUCAGUUACAUUUACAAUGGAUUCCUGGUGCCAGUCUUGGCUCCUGCUCUCCAUAAGGUGACUGUGGAGGAGGUCAUGACCACAACUGCAUAUCUAGACCUUUUCCUACGUAGCAUCUCCGAACCAGCACUACUUGAGAUCUUUCUCCGUUUUAUCCUGUUGCACCAGCAUGAGAAUGUCCACAUCCUAGAUACUCUCACAAGCCGAAUCAACACCCCAUUUCGGCUCUGUGUGGUGUCCCUGGCAUUAUUUAGAACUCUCAUCAGUUUACAUUGUGAAGAUGUGAUGCUACAACUGGUUCUAAGGUAUCUGAUCCCUUGCAAUCACAUGAUGCUGAGUCAGAGGUGGGCUGUGAAGGAGAGAGACUGUUACUCUGUCUCUGCGGCCAAGCUGCUCGCCCUGACCCCUGUCUGCUGCUCCAGCGGGAUCACCUUGACACUUGGGAACCAAGAGAGGGAUUAUAUUCUCUGGUCAAAGUGUAUGCAUGAUAGUUCAGGGCCCAUGGAGCAGCCGUUCCCAGAGGCGUUCUCUCCGUCGGCCUGCAUCGUGGAGUAUGGCAAAGCCCUGGAUAUCAGCUACCUGCAGUACCUCUGGGAGGCCCACACCAACAUCCUCCGCUGCAUGAGGGACUGUCGCGUCUGGUCUGCCCUGUAUGACGGAGACUCCCCUGAUCCCGAGACGUUGCUCCAGAGUCUAGAGGAGAGCACUACCAACUCCGCCCACCCUGUGUUCAGGCUCCAGCAGCAACUCACCGGGAAGACAGGGCCUCAGCUGGCUCCAAGAAAAGAGAAGAACCAGACAGAGCUGGAGUGGGACGACAGUUAUGACACUGGAAUCUCCUCAGGGGCAGACGUGGGCUCCCCUGGGCCUUACGAUGAUCCGGAGAAUUCAGGCCCUCCGGCACCAAUUGAUCCCCCCAAACACAUCCAGGAGAUGAAGAAGAACGCCAUCCUGCUCUUCAAAGGGUCCUACAUCGAAGAAUCCGACUUUCAGGACGACGUGAUGGUGUACAGGUUGUGUGCUGAGAAGGACUCUGAGGACACUAGGAAUUCGCAGGAGGAAACUGCAAAGCCACCAAGUCAAGCUGAGUCCGAGGUUCAGAGUCCCCCCAUGAACAAUGGCCCCCUGCCCAGCCCUCAGCCAGAAACAGAUUCAGAAGAGGAACCUAAUAGGGACAAUUCAGACCUGUUUCAAAAUGUGUCCAAGGAACCAAAACAAGAGAAUGAGCCUGAAGUAGCCCCAGAACCAAACUCAGAGUUGGCACCCCCUGUCUCUGAGGCAGAGCACAAUUCAAACCUGACGGUUAUUAACCCAGAGGGGGAAGAUAUCAUUGCCAGGUAUGACCAAAUCAUUCAAGAACUGGAUUCUGGCAGCAAGGGCUUGAUAGAACAGGAUUUCUCCUCACCUGAUCCUUUGCUUCUCACAAAAGAGAAAGAGGAGAAGGAAGAGGAGAACAAAGAAGAAAAGAAGGAGGAGGAGGUGGAGGAGAAAAAGGAACUAGAAGUGGAGGAAGACGACUUUGACUCUUUGAUAGCGGAAACUCCUGCCCUAGAGCCCGUGCCGUCCCCAUUUGGGGUGAGAGAGGAGACUGCCGUUGCCAGUCACUAUCCCGUGAGGACUCAGAGCACCCCGUUCACAGGCCCAUUCAUCAGCGUGGUCCUGUCAAAGCUGGAGAACAUGCUGGAGAACUCUUUGCAUGUUAAUUUGCUGCUUAUUGGGAUCAUUACUCAGCUAGCCAGCUACCCCCAGCCACUCCUGCGCUCCUUUCUGCUCAACACCAACAUGGUCUUCCAGCCAAGCGUCCGCUCUCUCUAUCAGGUCCUCGCAUCUGUGAAAAACAAGAUUGAACAGUUUGCGUCUGUGGAGAGAGACUUCCCAGGACUCCUCAUGCAAGCCCAGCAAUACCUGCUCUUCCGGGUGGACAUGUCCGACCUGACCCCUGAGUCUCUAACCAAAGAUCCCAUUCAGGAUGCUUCCAGGACAGGAGGUGGCAAGAACCUUUUGGAUGGUCCCCCAAGAGUGCUUCAGCCCUUCCUGACGAACAGAGCCAAGGUGGCCGGGGUACCCCCAAGUCUUCCCCUGCCAGUGAGGAACACCAUGCUGGCCGCUGCCCUCUUCCCAGAGUUCCUGAAGGAACUGGCUGCCUUGGCCCAGGAACACUCCAUUCUGUGCUACAAGAUCCUGGGUGACUUUGAGGACUCCUAUUGUUAGCUUUUUUUUUUUUUCAAAUAGAGGUUCUUGUUUUUUAAGGUUUUAGUGUCUUGACUGAAUGUUAAAUGCAAAGCUGCUUACAAAAAUUUCUACUUUGAUAUUUCCUGACAAUACUUGAUUUGUGGGAGGGGAUUUUCCGUGUACCUCCUCUCUCUCUAGCCGGGUCUUUCCACCUUACGUUACAUAGAAUGUAAGUCUCAGUUGCUCCUUUGGCAGGUUUCUUUGCUCAGUUUUUCCUCCUCAGAUUUUUUGGUUGUUGUUCUCCCAUCCCUUCAAGUCACUCAUCUUUCAGCUUAGAUCACACCAAGCGAAUAUUGGGGUUCAUUGAUUUCUGGAAGUGCCCAUGGCCGAAGGCUGCCUCUUCAACAGCACAUGAAGAAUGCACAUCUGCCCCUGUGGCCAUCUGUGUUUCCGCUUCCAUUUUAUCAAAGGGAAGACUAAAGAUGGAGCCCUUCUUGCCUCCAUCACACGAGCACGUAUUGUAUGUCCUUUGCAUUUUACUUCCAAGACUUGUAUUCUGCCCAACAUGUGUUGCCUUAUGGUGCAGGCAAGUCCAUUCGCCUCACCGUCUGCCUGGGAGAGAACUUGGGAUGCAGGGAAAUGUUCUUGUUGCUUGAGAGCUUUCUUUGAUCAGUAUAUCACUACCUAAACACUGAAAAUAGCCUUAUUUUAGUAAUAUUUGCACAAAAUGAAAUAUACCUAUGCAAACUGUAACUUUAUUUUUGGGAGUUUGAUUGAUCAGAUGAAGAAAGCAUGGUAUCACAUACUUAUGUAAGAAGACAACCAUUUUUUUUUUUUAAGUGUUUUAUGAAAAACAGAUUAAUUUGUGAAGCUCUUUCAUAGUGGGCUCUUUUGGGGGGCAUGAAUGGAAUGGGGGAAAAGGAUAAAGGUAAACUAAAUGCAACCUGUAAAAACAUUGGUAAUUAUUUUAAAUUAUGUUUGCUUUUUCUAAUAUAUUGCACUUUGUAGAGAAACAGGAACUGUGCAGCCACUUUGGGAGCUGGGAUGUAAAUGCGAACAGGUUGCAGGGAGCCCCUCGAAGCCAGGUGCCUGCUGGUGGCUCACUGCACACAGAAAUGCUGCCUUCUGAGUAAUGGGGUUCAUUAGGAGGCCCCAACGUGAUGUAUUAGUGCCUCUUUGCUGCUUUCCAGCCCGCUCCAAGAGGCAUAAUUAUACUUAGAGCCACAGUCUCCUUCGAACAUCACCAAGAUGAGGAAACAUACAAAAUAACUGUGGGCUACAAAUGAGACCAUAAACAACUGAUAUUUAUGGAUAUUCAGUCCCCUCUAUUUUUGGCAGGUGAGAAGCAUGUAACAAGGAUAAGCCUCCCAGUUUGGAGGGAAACUGGAAGCCCAGCUCUCUCUGUUCUCUUUGUGGGCAUCUCUGCUGAGCCCUGCAUCUGGGGGUUGUGCUUCAGGAGUACUGGUUUGGUUUUAAUCAGGUCCCUCCUACAGGAGGGGAGUGGAAGAAAGUAUCGUGUCUGAGACUCUGCAGAGCAGAAGCUGCCCUUUCAUGUUUCAGGGAUCUUGAAGCAGCUUUGUAUUGAGAAAGAGAGAGAGCUGGCCCGUGGACUGAAGACCCCAGGAGCUCCGGCCUGGGCUGGGUGGCUCCUAGGAGCCAGCCUGGCAGUGUUUCCGAGUCUAAGCCAGAAACCAAAGAUACUGAUUCAUUGUACAUUUCUGACUUCAAAUGUGUCUGUCUUGAAAAAUGGUUUGCCCAACUGUCAUGCAGCAGCCAGAAUGUACGAGGCCCAGCAGACUGGCCUGCUCUUGGCUUCCUGAUGCCUGCUUCUGUUUGCAACCCACAAGUCUCCACUGGAAAAGAAGGUGGCUGAAGGUAGAGAAAGAGGAAGAGAAAGAUGGAAUUAAAGCUGUAAUUUAUUAUCCUCUAACUUUGUUUUGCACAAGUAUUUAUCUUCCAGUUUGGACUUACCCGGUAGACAAAAUGCUGAAGUCGCAUCUGGAAACUGUAUUCUUUAGGUUUUUGUUUGAUUUACACUUCACUCCAUUAUCUGGUGGUGGUGUCGAUUCUUCUUCGUGAGUCCAUACUGCUUUAUUAUAGAGCACCAUAGUCCCCAUCGUGGAAGGUGCCCUUUGGGAAAGGAGAUUGAUUUGGUGCCUCUUAGUAUUUUUUUCUAAAUAGGUACUGAAGUAGACUUACUUUAAAGGAGGACAGAGAUGACCAGAGUCUGGGAUGAGAGGCAGGAAAAUUAACUCCCCUGGUGGGGUGCUGGUAGCAAACUCACAUGAUAACCCUCUCAAUUUGGAAUUGGAAACUGGUUCAUGUUUCUGAAUCCACUGCAGCCCUCCUCCAGAGAACUGUGUAUGGGGUUUUUCAAAAUGAAGUCAGAAAGUUGACCUGGGAACACAUUAUAGAGAACUGGAAAAACCAGGUGGUUGAGUGAAACAGCCAGAUGGGCUAGGGAAGGGUCGUUCAGGGAAUGGCAUGGACACGCCAGAGGAAAAACAGCAAAAACUUGAGACGAUAAAGAGAAGAGCAAAUCCUGAGGGGUUUGGAGGAAUGAACGUUGAUCUAGGCAGAUAGGAAGAUAUUUACAGCAGGUGGGUGACGAAGGGAACUCGGUGGGAAAAAAUCAUGGUAAUGAAGUAGAAUAUUCCAGUCACAAAAUCAUGGGUGAGGCCCUUAGAAAUAUCUUUUUUGUAAUGAGUUUGGGGAAAAAAUUUGAAAAAUAUUGGCCAUGCUUUAAAAUGUGGUCCAAGAGUGUGGACACUUUUCUAUGUGAUAGGCUCCCACGUCAGAUGCUGGGCUACUUGUUGGAGGACACAGUGGACACAAACCCUAUGGUGCAGCCCCCGAGGCUGCAUCACUGUGUCUAGCCUAAUGGUCCCGGCAGUGAAGGUGAGUCAGGGGUUCCUGGAACAUCACAACAUUAACCUGCAUUCAUAAUUCAGGAUCUGAGGUAAAGUUCCAGAGGGAGUGAAUUUUGUGGUUCAGAGUAUAUGAGAGCACUGGGAUAUUUAAAAUUGAUUUUUGGAAAUGGCCAAGUAAAUGUCUUUAAAAUUUUAAACAAAGAAAUUCCAGGUUGAGUUUAGCCUAAAAUACCAUUUCAUGGGGUAAAUUACAAUUUCCCAGCCAUGAAAUGGGGAUGCUGGAGUAACCAAUUAGAGAUGUGAUUUUCUUUAUCAAUAGAUACUUCCUUUCCCUGGUAUUUGGAGGAAUUAUGAAAUUGUCCCCAUUUUACUUAGUAUUAUUUUGGAAAACACUGUGAUGUGCUAGGGUUGGAAUUGAUGUCUGUGUCACAUAUAGGGAGGACACAUUUGGUUCUUUCACGGGCCCUCAAGAUGACCUUUUCUGGGGCAGGCCCCAUGGCAUAGUGGUUAAGUUCGUGCACUCUGCUUCAGCUGCCCAGGAUUGUGGGUUUGGAUCCUGGGCACAGACCUACACCACUCGUCAGCCAUGCUAUGGUGGUGACCUGCAUACAAAGUAGAGGAAGAUUGGCACAGAUCUUAGCUCAGGGCGAGUCUUCCUCAACAACAACCACAACAAGAUUACCUUUUCCUUAGCAAGUGGCUUUUAUUUAGAUCAGAUGUAGUUGUUGAUUUUCAAUCCAAAAGACAUCAAGGGGGCAGGGUGUUGUCAAGAGAGCAUCCUCUUAUGAAUAGAAUCUAGAAACAGGGUACGUGAGUGAGUGAGUGGCCUGUUCAAUUUGGGCAGCCAGUGGUACUCGAGAUUGAAAGUUGUUUUUGGUGUCUCUAAAUCAGCUUGGUUGCAGUGGGCGUGUGGGUUGAUUUCCAGAUCUGUUUAGAGCUUUGGGGUUGUGGAUGGGCUGCCCAUUCUGAAUCUGGAUCUGUGUGUCUAGGUUGCUUCCAUGAGGGAAGUACUGCCCCAGCAGGGGUGGGACAUGUCAUUGGUGUGAUGUUGAAUGUCUGCAGCAUAUGCUCCAGUUCUCAUUUAAGGGCAAUUCAAUUUAAUUGCUAAUUACCAGCCCUGUAUUUACGGAAAUGGCUGUCAUGCUUGCCAUUUUUAUGAAACACUUUAUUGCAGGACAGCUAUUAUUGCACGUGCUACUUCAAGUCACUGGCCAGUGUAAUUUGUGGCUUGCCGCGAACCUCAGCCAGCUUUGCAGUUAGCUCUUCCUGGAAACAGCAGUCCUCUGGUGGCUGAGACCACAUCAGCUUUAAAUCAUUAAGAAGAUAUUCUCAGGCCCCUUCUCGCUUCAACCGUCAGUCUACAAAUCACACAACACUAAUUCUCCAUCAAAUAACAGCUUAAAACAGAAAACUGUCAAGCCAGUUUAUACUCCAUUCUUAAAUCACAUCAAUGAGGAAACAUUUUAAGAAAAUGGAGUUGACUCUCUUUCUUUCUUUUUGAAUGACCGUCAUAAACCUAAUGCUUUAGAAAGAGCUCUCGGAAGACUAAGAAUUGUUUUCAGAAUAGUUUUGCCUCAGUAAAUCCUCUCUACAUUCAGGCAUUUAUUAGGCCAUUGCUUGUUUUGGAGGACAGGUUAUCCUGGUAGCUCAUUAGCUGGAUAAACAGGGCUUUAGUGAGACUUUUGGUGAGGUUCUGUAGGGAAAAGGACAGAGACAGGGUGGGCGGAAGCCUUCACUUCUUUGGCCUCUGCACUUAGAAUCCUAAAAUGGGUGAUGAUUUUUAGCUGGGACUGACCCUAUCCCGUUGGGUCAUUGUGCAUUUUGUUCCUGUCUUACAACGUGUGAGUAAACCUAACUCACCGUCACACACACAAGAAAGAGGACUGCCAGUGGGUUCUGUCAGCAUGAGUUUCAUGUAUUUCAGGCAUCUUUUGGGGGAGCUCAGAUUUACUGUGUCAUUUCAGAACCUGACAAGGGUGAUGGGAGCUCUUGGGCCAGAUUAUAAAUUUCAUGGAGCUGAGGCUGUAGAAGUCUGUGCCUUUUAGCCUGUCAGCUGACUUUUUAUUGGCAUAAGUCUACAAAAGGCCCAC